AUAGGCUGCAAUUGCUCCUGAGGUAGGGUUUGGAUAAGGAAAAAAAAAAAAAGAGAAGUGUUUUUUAUUAGCUAAAACAGAUACGGAUGUUACAAGAAUAAAACAACAGCCUGUAAGAGCAAAGGGAAGAUUUUAUUAAUUUUGAUUCUCUGAGACGGUGACUCGGUUGAGUGAACAUUUCCCUCAGCAGUUAACAGGAACCGGUGUCCGCUGAAUUUUUAUACCAACAUUAUCUGUUGUUACUGUAAUGAUUGUGUUCGUCGCUACCACACUAAACUCGCCUUUUUUGUUUAAAAUCCUGAAGACCCCCCACACGCGCGCACACACACACACACACGGGCGCGCGCGCGCUUUCUGGGACACCGAGUGAGCGCGAGACAACAGAUAAUCCCGGAUUGAGCAGGAGAAGCACUGCGGCGUGAGGAGCGCGAGCCUGAGCGCUAAACUGCGUGAUGUGUUUAUGCCCUUUUUUGUUUCUGUCACUGACAGCAGCUCGAAAGUGAAACCGGUUUGGGCGACCUUAGGUGGGCACUGCUCUGCUGCUGAAGGUGAGGCGUCGCAGGAGGAGCAUCUCCCCCCCCCACACACACACAUUUAUACACACACACACACACACACACGCUAACGUUAGCUGCUGAACUGGAGAGCACGGCGACGAGCUGUAAAGGUGUCCUUUACCUUUCAGCCAUUUCCUGACCAUUUCCUGAUAUUUAUCGUGGAGUCGUGUCUGAGGCAGUCAUUCAUCCACUUCUUCCUCCAACAAACUGCCGCUUGUUUCCUCUCGAGCGUGGGCAGCAGCUGUAGCAUUUCCACACGCGGUUUUUUGGGAAGCCGUCAGCACACAAUACUGGAUAUAAUCUCACACGAAGGGGAGGAUACACUAUAGUACUAGUGUCUAAACUGUGGACACACACACACACACACACAGGGAUAUUCGUGUUUUACCAGGAGCCACACAGCGGCAGUUUUCGUCUGAGAGACAUUUUUCAGUCUGAAGGAUUUAUACAGAUAUAUAUAUAUAUACUCGGUAUAGUAUACUGCUGGACCUGCAGUGUGAGGACAAGGAAGGAGGGAAGUUUGAGUUGAGGAGUGACACUGGGACACACUCAUUCUCCAGCGAUGGAUAGCAAGUGGCUAAUUAUAGCCUGUGUCCUUUUUGGCGCGAGUACAGCCCAGAGGCAAGUGUCGGUGCAGCCCGGGCCUCUGGUGCGAACCGAGGGCUCCCACGUGACCAUCUGGUGUAACGUGACUGGCUACAGAGAGGGAGUGGAGCAGGACUUCGAGUGGUCAAUGUACCUCGAUACAGCCCCUGAUCGAGAGAUCCGCAUCGUCAGCACAGCCCAGCCCAACUACGCCUACGCCGUCUACUCCCAGCGCGUCAAUGCCAAAGAGAUCUACGUAGAGAGACUGAGCGGAGACUCCGCCCUUCUGCACAUCACCAAGCUGCAGGCCAAGGACCAGGGCAUUUUCGAGUGCUACACACCCAAUACAGACGGCCAGUACCUGGGCACCUACAGCGCUCGAACCAACCUUACUGUGAUUCCGGACACACUGUCCGUGACUUCGGCCACUCAGACUCUGUCGAAAGUGGAGGGGGACACACUGCUACUGAGCUGUGAGGUGACACGUCAAACGUCUCAGCACACACAUGCUGCAGUUGGCUGGUACGUGCGCUCCCUGGACGAGCCGUCUGCCCCGCCGAGAGACCUUGUCACCCUGACCCGCGACAUGGUGCUGAGGCCUGGGACGUCAUACCGCCAGCGUCUGUCCUCUGGAGACGUCCGGCUGGACAAGACCAGCAGCACAUCGUACCGCCUCACCAUCUACAGCCUACAGCCCACAGAUCAGGGCCAAUAUUACUGCGAGGCAUCAGAGUGGAUCCAGGACCCUGACCGCUCCUGGUACGCCAUGACACGCAAGCAGUCUGACAAGACUCUGGUCAAAGUUCAGCCCACAGAUCGGGACUUUAGUAUCCAAUUGACAACAGAUCGCCGGGCCUUCACGGCAGGUGAGCCGCUGGAGCUCCGCUGCACCAUAGAUGCUCAGAAUGUUGCUGAGCGUUACUUCUCGGUGUCGUGGGUCUUCAGCAGCUCGUCUGUAGCCGUGGUGGGGCCCAGCGCUGUGCCCGUGAUGGGGGCAAACUAUGUGCAGCGUGAGGCCGCUGGCCUCAUGACCAUUCGUAAGGAGAGUCCAUCUGUCCACCUGCUCAAACUGCAGCAUCUGCUUCCCGAGGAUGCUGGGAAAUAUAUCUGCAGAGUGACUGAGCGGGAGAAGACACCCACCGGAGAGUUCAUCGAUCGAAGCAAACGCUCCCGUAAUGUUCAGAUCACCGUGACUCCCCUGAGCAGUAACAUUAGCGUGUCAUUGACCAGCAACUCCUCUGAGGUGUUGGAGGGAGAGCACAUCCACUUGACAUGCUCAGUGCAUUCCACAGUUGGAGCUGUGUCCAUCGUCUGGCAGUGGACAGACAAGGAUGGCAGCACUCCUGCUGUUGACCUGGCAUCAAUGGACCACUAUGGCACCAUACAACCUGGAUCCAGUUACAGGGAGCGUCACAGCUACGGGGAGGUCCAUGCUGAGCGGAUCCAAUCAGGCACCUUUACCCUCACCCUGUACAAUGCUUUCCCUACAGAUGAGGGGCAGUACCGCUGCAGUGCCACCGAGUGGGCUCAAAGCGGCAGUGCGCUAGACUGGGAGUGGCAGCGAAUCGGAGAGACCUCAGCCACCACUGCCAUCACAGUGAAAACUGUCGAGUCCUCUUUCUUUGUGUCAGCCUCAUCACGCACUCCUAGCGUGACUUUUGGUGACUCAUUUGACCUGCAGUGCAUUGUGAAAUCCCGCCAUAGCCCUACUAUUCCUGCCUCGGUGACAUGGCGCUUCCAGCCGGUGGAGGGUGGCAGCGAGCUGCGAGAUGUGGUGACGUUCACACGUGAUGGCACACUGCAGUGGGGUGAGCAGAUGCUGGGCCUGGGUACGCGCACCUCAGUGGACCGCACUCGCAACAACACCAACUUCCGCCUCAGCGUCACCCGAGCUGGGCGCAAAGAGUCGGGGACGUACCAGUGCGCCGCCGUCCUGUACCGCAGAAAUUACGACGGCACCUGGAAGAUCAUCGCUAACCGCACGUCUAACCUGCUGGGCAUCAGCGUACUGCAGCCAGUGAGCAAGCUACGCAUGCAUAAGGUCAACCAGAGCCUGCAAUUUGUGGAAGACAGCCGUGUGCGCCUCAACUGCUCCGUUGCAUCCCAGACGAGUGCCGAGUCCCAGCAUGCCGUGCUGUGGUAUGCACGGAAGGGCGCGGCAACUGAGCCUGAUGAGCUGCUGUUGAAGAUUGAGCGCACUGGGGCGUUUGAAUAUGGUGCAUAUGCUGAGGAGGAGCGCCUGCGCAGCCGUGUGCAGUGCGAACGCCUCUCGCCCAGCCUCUAUGGCCUCACACUGCACCGUGCUGAGACCAGCGACUCCGGAACCUACUACUGCCUAGUGGAGGAGUGGCUCACUGAUCCCGAUGGAGCGUGGUACCGCCUGGCCCGUGACUCCUCUGGCUUCACACAUGUAGUGAUCAAGCAACCGGCCGUCAAAUUGCAGGUGGAGGAGACCGAGUCGAACAUCACAGUGUCUGAAUAUGGAUCACUCCGGUUGGGCUGCAGCAUAUCCUCUCAGUCCUCCAAAGACUCUCGCUUCUCUGUGUCAUGGUAUGUGUCCCGCUCAGAGAGAGAGGGCGAACGGGAGUGUGUGUUCUCUAUUGGCCAUGACUCUGUGUUCGGCAAUGGGAACUGCAGUCCGAUGGAGGAGCCAGGCCACAACUCUCGACUGCAGUUUGAGCGCACUACCUCAGAUGUCUACAGCCUGACCAUUCAAAAGGCACGUCCAGGAGAUGCAGGAAAAUAUUACUGUCAUGUAGAGGAGUGGCUUCUGAACCCACGCAAUGCCUGGUAUCGCCUCACCACAAACAAUUCUGGUGCUACCAUCGUUAAUGUUCUUGAGAAAGUUUCAACCCUGCAGUCAGUGGUGUGCUCCAACAACUCGCUUUUCUAUUUCGUUUUCUUCUACCCCUUCCCCAUCUUUGGCAUUCUGCUCAUCGCUGUUCUGCUGGUGCGCUACAAGAGCCGGAGUUCCAGCAAGAAUCAGGAAGGCAAGAACGGCGCGCCGUUGCUCUGGAUCAAAGAGCCCCAUCUGAGUUACUCACCCACCUGCCUGGACCCCCCUGCUCUCAGCCUCCACCCAGGCUCUGUGGAGUAAAAGGGGCAGAAAGAAUGUCCCUCCUUAUUCAUCCUCUCUCACUCUAUCUUUCUGUUUUUUUUGCUAUAUCUCCUGCUCCUCAGGAGCACUGUGGGCUCCUGACUCAGCCCUGUUAAUCCCUCCAUAUGGCUGACUGAACCCCUACUCAGUUGACAUGGUCAUGGCUGCAGUGGCUGCCAGAGGAAAAGCCUAGACGUUUGGUUUGGUUGUUUAUUUCAAGGAUUUUCUUUGUAUCAUUUUCACACUCCACUAUCUGGACUUAUCAUAUUCUUACAUUGCCCUCUCCUGAGCAGAAGUGCCUGUGUGUCUCAGAGCAUUAGGUCUUUUUUUUUUCCCCGGGCACACAUGGUCUACGGCACCCUGGUCUGCGACUGGGAUGAAGAACAUAUUCUGUAAAGGAUUACAUGUGAUUUUAUCCUCUCUUUUGAAUGUGUGGUAUGAACACUUUUCCUUUUCAAAUUUAUGAAGGCUGGUGCUCACCUCUUCAUAAGUAUUAUUUGUUUUGCUCACCUGGUUCUAAUUUCAGCAGACUGGCUGCUCACAGCACUAGCCUGUAAAUAUUUUCAGGCAGGAAUAGUGCACAGGCAAGAAAAAGAAAAAAAAAAAAAAAAAAAAAAGUGUGAUUCCACCAGGUGAUAAGGAAGGCAGUGAUCUUGCAUUCUUGACUAGGAGGGAGUCACAGAACUGACCUCAGACCUGUCUCUGUUUGAACUGAUAAAACAGAGAGGAGAGAUGUGUCACCUCCCACUGAGUCUAGAAACACUGUAUUUUGUAUCAGACUCAUUCUCACUGCCAAAGACCCACUAAGACUUGGCUGAUUCUCAGUGCUGAAGACUAACAAACCUGUCCUUGUGCACAAACAAUAGUGACUUGACUAGUACUCUCAUUCCUCUACUUGAGAAUAUCAGAAAGGAGGAUGCUACACAACGGGAUCAUCAAAUUCCUGCUCUGACCUGUAGUUUCAUCACUAGUGUUCAGGAGUGGUAUGCUUUUGCUUUGUUCAACAUUGUGCAUUUUUUUAUUUCCUCUCUGAACUCUGGUAGAACAGGGAAUUUCUAGUUACUUCCCUAAAAUGAUUCCAGACUGCUGGCCUCUGAGGUGUCUAAGCGAUGUGUGUGUGCUGUAAGAAACAUCGCAAUGCUUCACCUCCUACUGUGAAUACUUCACCCAUCACCCAUAAACUUGUAGUGCUAGGCUGAGUGGAGACUGGGACAAGGUUCUGAUGGAGUCCAGGUAAGGCGUGGGACUUUAACAUAAUGAGAUGGUUCCUCUUCAUGUCUCCCCAGUUUUAAACUGCCUAUUAUAAACACGAGACUACUUGAGAGAGCCUGUUAAGACAUUUCUAGUACAUGGGACAAUCCUAGUGCCAAGAACUUUUCCUUGUUUUAUCUGUACCCUGUAAAAGUGGUCCAGAAGGACAGCAAAGCCUCCAGGGUUAGAGAUAUUAUGUAAAUAUGGCUUCCCAGCUCAUGCUAGGGGCUUAUGGAAUAUAUAGGUUCAAAGAGCUGUUCUUACCACUGAGACUUUGAUUCUUCAGUAAAUAUGUAUCAACUUAAAGAUAUAGAAAAUCACUAUAAAACUCCAAGAUAUAUAAAAUCACUCCUCCAAUCUCCUCUAAAGGAUAGGAUUUUUCCAUUUCCUUUUUUACUACAUACAACUCUUAAAGGUUCUUAAAACAAUUUUCCGCAAAUAACUCUUUAAAGGGAAAUUCCAUCAAACAUAUUCUGAGAUUCUUCUGUUGUGCUGGAAGUGGUUUUGAUAUUCUUAAGUGCAGUGCAUAACUACAGAGGGAGCAUAAAUACACCUCCCUUGGGCAUGCUGCUUUGCUUGUUAGGGUGCAUAAGGCAACAAUGAAUUAUACCUUUUCUUGCCAAAGCAGAGGAAUUAAUUAUACAUCACCACACUGAACUUCUUUUCGGUCAAGGUUUGUUUAAACCAAUUUUGGAAGCAAAUUGACAAUAAUCUAAUGCUGAAAGCCUGUGGGAGGUGUAUUUUGUGCUCUUUAUGCCCCUGGAGUUCACAUAAAAAAUGUAUUACCUUCAUUUGUAACUACAGCAAAUGAGUCUACAUGUGCAGGCAGAAUGUGCCUUUUAUCUCUUAAGAUGUUUAAUUCAGUCUGAAAUAAUAUUUGCUACUACCAGAGGUGUAGCCAAAGAAGUGACACGAAUAGACACAGCUCAUGUCCUCACAAAAUGUCUGGUAGUCCCUGUGACCGGCACUAAUCAUACCUAUAUUUGCAAAUUGUGACUACUGCUGUGAUUGAAGCUUCACUGCUGCAAAUCCUAAAGUAACACUUGCAGUUAAAGUAUUCAUAUCCACUUAGUCUUGGUGCUUUGGCUAGCUAGCAUGCGAACCAUGUAAUGUUAGCUAGCUGUUACCCAAAAACCUAGCUAUAACAUCAAACUACUAGAUCUGUGUAUACGUGUUUUUUCUUUCUGCUUGACUUUUCAUUUAGGGCUUUAAAAAUCUUUCAGAGGUUUUCAUACACUGUAUUAAUGGUAUCAUUGAUAUACACAAUUUUUUCCCUUGUUUGAGGUAUCUGAACCAGGCUUUUGGAAAUGAAUGUAAGUUAAUGAAACCAAUCUAGCUGUGUAGCUGUUGAGUAAGGAAAGUAAAAUUGUUGUAGAUUUCACCAAGGACUAGACCACCACCCUCAAUACAGUGGAAUAUUUAUUACAGUAAAAAAAAUUCUAUAGCUGUUAUCUGGAUAUGAAUAAUACACUACAAUUUGUAGAAAGAUGUUGGUGACAGCCUUCAUUUUUCUUUUCUUCUUUGUAAAGCCUCUAAAUAUUUUACCUCCCUCGUGCUUGUUCCUGAAAUAAUCUGGAGCUGCUCCUGGUUACUACACUGCCACAAUGUUGACAAUGAAGCACUUUGUCAAUGUUUUACAGAUUAAACCUGGAUUGCUGUAACAAAGACACAUAUUUUUAGUCUGAUAAUGAUGUAUGAAUUACACUUUAGCAGGUAUGUUGAGUUGUAGUGUGAACUGAACCUUGAGGUUUGUUGAGGUUUUUCUUUUUCACUUUUAAUUUUUAAUGUGUUUUUAGCCACAUCCUUCAGUAAGAUCUAAAACCUAUGCCCAUGGAUUGUCGCAAAGCAUGUUAUCUAUUGAGAGCUAGAUGCAGUUCAGCAAGUUCAUGUCCCUCUCGAGACAAGGAGAACCUCUUUCAGUAGAAAUGCAGUGCUAGGUUUGAUUUGUCCUCUCUGGCCUAGUGUCAGGCACUCACAUGUGAUCACUAAAUCCAUCUCUAUCUUCACUGUAAAUGCACACAAAACGGACAGACUUACAAUAUCGAUCCACUUGAAGUUUGUGGUUGUCUUGUUUUAUUUAUUGAAAUGUACUGUAAAACAUUUAGUUUAGACUGUGUGAACUUCAGCAGUUUGCAUAGAUAGCGUUUUGCGUGGACUUUUGGACAAUAAAGCCACUGUGUGCCAUGGCAGAGAGUAUUAUACAGAGGGUGCUUUGUGAGUGGCACAGACUAUGUGAGCUGUGAGCGAUCAUCCACACAAAGCUGUCAGCUCAUUUUAUUUCUCUUUUAAAUCGUGUCAAAGUGUAUAGUGCAUGAUGGAGGAGGAGGCAUUUUGAUGUUUUGAACUCUUGAGCAUUGUAUUUCGUGACAUCAUGCCAGUCUGUUGCCACCCUCUCCAUCUCCUGCAUGUUGUAGGAGCAUUAUAAAUUGGGUCCCAGAGGCCUGGAGGUUCUUCCACCCUAUGGGAGCUCAUUUCUCCUCAGUAGCCUGAGGUGAAACUCACCUGUAAUAAUUGAUCAUUUUUCCAGUCUCUAAAACAAUUCCCUGUUUACCUCAUGCUUUACAGGCUAUAUAUGUGAUACAUUAUAUGAGUAACAGCUGCGGUUUUCUGCAAACAGUGUUAUUCACGCUAAUUUGCAAUAUGAUGAUAUAGCCUUGUGUGGAUGUGUGUGGAUGUGUACUUGCCAUAGGCUGCUCUCGUUGCAGGAGACGGAGGAUGUGGCACUGCUGUGCGAUGUUGCAGUGCUGCCGCCAUUCGAGCUAUAGAGAUUUCCUCUAAACUAGUGUUUUUGUAGUUCAGCGUAACUAGCGGACCCAUAACACCCUCGCAGUGUUGUAGAUGUGUUCUGAGGGCUGCAUGUCAUGGCUGUGUACUGACUCCAGAUUAGCUGUGGAAUUUGAAAAAUAAUACAUUGUGGUGAUGUGUUCAAUUCAGCCAGUGAUGCUUUUUUCAAGUGCUGUGUUUUUAUUAUUAUUAUUAUUAUUAUUAUUAUUAUUAUUAUUAUUAUUUUGUAAUUAUACAAAUAGUGCACUGAUGUUAAAAAAGAAAAUCAUAGCCUUUUUAUGCUUUGUGUUUUGCUGUAAUGUUUUCUUUUGGUAGUUUAUAUAUAUAUAAAUAUAUUUUAUUGAACUGUAGCAGUCGCUAUCAUGAAAUGGCACUAUUCUGUCAGUUUACUGCAAUAAAAGCAUUCAGUGCACAGUGUUUUGAAAUGUGUUUAUGUAGCUUUGUGAAAAGCAAAUUUCCUUGUUAUUGCAAGCUGAUACAGCUGAAGAGGCAAAACACCCAUGGUAAGUUCAAUAAAUUACACUGUAUGGGUGCAUACGCCAUGGGGAAUACUACACACGCUAUCAGCUUGUUGGUCUAUAAUGUUGAAUGAUCCAUGCAGCACCUUUAUCUUAAUGUGUCCACCACGCACCCAUGUGCCCUGAAGAAAAUAGGAAUAAUGUGUCAGAUGGCAGCUGAUUAAAGGUGAGAAUGAGGUGUGACACACUCAUUUGGCUCUGAAUGAUGUGCUGGGGUCCAGGUGGGGAAGAGAUGUAUUAAGCUAUGAAACAGAGGAGGGGGCUUCAUCCUACCUGCUGCUCUUUGCUCCUGCUGGUCUAACACAAGUCU